AUGUCACUGACCUCGGUGACGUUGAUCAGAUGCACUGGACCAAAUGUGAUGUGUUGUUUUUCUGAAGGUCACACUCCUGAUGUCACUGACUUCAGUGCACUGUAUCCGGCUCGAAGGACCAAUAUGUUGCGACGCAAAGUGACGAUCGGUCAGAGCGCGGUCGAGCUGCUCCAGGAGACGAAGGCCUUUUACGUGAAGAGCGAGACCGUGCUGGACCGGAAGCAGGAGCUGAAGAACAGCGGUCAUCUUCAGGUCUCGCAGCUCAGCGCGCCGGGAGCGCCGCCUAGGUUGCUGAGGAAAUGCGGGACCGCCUCGAUGUGUUCGAUGCAGCCGACAUCGCCGUCCCAGAUGCCACCUGCUCCGCUAACAGCACCCUGUUGCUGGGCAUCGUGCCACGAGCAGGACAGGCCAGAUGGAAUUCUGAAUUCUCAACAAACACUGCCACCCGCGCUGCCACCGAAGAGUCCACGCCUGAUUCCCGUUCCGCAGCGGCGCACCAUUUCAGGGCCCCCGAGCAGUACCGGCGGAGAUCAGCUGCAGACGAAAUUACGCCGACUGUUGAAUACCGAUAGCAAGGAGAAUGUCUUUUUCACGGACAGCCCGACGCAACCCGUCAUGCAGCCGAAUGGUGUCAUCCUACAGGAGGAGAAAUUCCGAUACUCGCCUGGUAGCCUGUCGCCGAAUUUCCGUGACGAGGAUCGUGGAAAGCACUGUCCGCAACAAGAUGCUCGGUUCAAAUUCGGCCGAAGCAACUCGCACUCGCACACUUCCGGUCGAACGGGAAGAAAAUCCACCAGUUCGCAGUCGGUAGAGAACACGGUUUGCCAUAAAUCAUUGCCUGACCUUCACACGAGUACUCGACGACGAGCGUCGCUGUCGCCGCGAGCAUCGACGAAUUCGACCAAGCCAACGGGGCACCAUCAAUCUUCGAACAAUUGCCCGGAUUGUGAAACUAGUUCAGACUAUUCGGAACACAGUUUCAAGCGGGACUCUGUCUGUUACCGCAGUUCCAGACAUAUUCGACGCUCUCUAGGUUCCGGUGGCGGUGAUGCCAGUAGCGUGCUAUCGUCUGGUGGCCGAACGCAGAAGUCCUCAGGCUCCAGUAAAUUGAGUCACGGAGCAACUGCGAGAGAUUCCGGUGGAUCAUCCGGACACUGUACUCACCGCAGUGAACCACCGCCAAUAAUACAAGAUUGUUGGAGUCACAUACGCCGUGACAGUGGUGCAUCUACUCAGCAUUCGACUGAAAAGGAGCGCUCGAGGAGAGGUAGUUAUGCUAACGGUACACCUCCAUCUGUUGUGAGACAUUACAGUCCUGACACCGAAAGUAGCAACAGUCAAACGGAUUAUAGUCCGACGUGCAAUUCGAGGUUUUCUGAUGGCUGGAAAGAAGGCCGUGGUCGACCAAUUCUGCGAUCGAAGUCAGACAUUAGUGAUCGUUACUGGCGUCAGGAUAACGGUCGAUCAAACAAAGUACCUGCUCGUCCCCCUCGGUCAAUAACUCAGCUCGAAAACUUCUUUGACCGUUUGGGUCUUGAUUCGGAUAAUUAUCAGCGCAUCACGGAGCCAGACUCAAAGACAUCGUCUCCUGUAUUUUUUGAUAGCGUUAGUUCCGUCGACUCGGCGUUAGGUCUUUAUACGUGGGUUGGUAAUAACCAAACAAACCAGAGUAGUCAAUGGCAGAACAAUAAUUGUAGCGUUGGCAUGGGCAACGACGAUUGCAAUCAGAGAGUUAACGAUCCACCGAGUAUCGUGGAACGAAACGCUCGAAUCAUCAAGUGGCUCUGUCAGUGUCGAAAAGUGCAGUUUGGCUAUAGUUAAACAACGAGUGUUUACGA